UCCCCCAGCCGCCGAGCCCCGAGGCCGGCCGCGGCCCGCGAGCGGUUCCGGGGUAGGGUUCACAGGUCAGAGUUGACUCCCUGAAAGUGCAGCCGCCGUGAGAUGCAAGAUGGCGGCGGCGGGGCGCUGAGAGGCGCGGGGGCCCCGGAGAAGACUGGUAGCUACUUUGGACCCUGUUGGUAAGGAUGGCCUGAGCUAGACACCUGGUCUGAAGGAACCCUUCCAUUUCAAAGAACAGGAUGCUGAGGAAGGUAUGGCAGGUGAUUGGAGGUGUGCUUCAAAACUUUCAGCAGUUCAGCAGUAUUUUAGCUGCCAACAAUAAGCUCUUUACUUGAUUGCACCAUGAAAAAGCUGCUAAUGAGACUUGUUGAGCACAAAAAUGGACUUGAAGAACCAAAAGCCAUUGUUUCCAAAUGAAGAAUCCUGAACAAUUUUAAGCCUCAGUGCUUUUUAGUCACCACUGAAAUUUACCCUAACAUCAGAAUGGCAAGUAGGCGAAAAUCAACAAUACCUUGCAUGGUCCUUGCCAGUGAACAGGAUCCAGACCUUGAGUUGGUGUCAGAUUUGGAUGAAGGUCCUCCUGUCCUUCCACCUGUGGAGAACUCCAGAGCAGCAAGCAUCUCAAGUGACGAGGAAGUUCAGGAAUCUGUGGAUUCUGACAAUCAGCAAAGUAAAAAAGUUGAAGGUGGUUAUGAAUGUAAAUAUUGUACUUUUCAAACUCCAGAUCUAAAUAUGUUUACUUUCCAUGUGGAUUCAGAACAUCCCAAUGUAGUGCUAAAUUCAUCUUAUGUUUGUGUUGAAUGCAAUUUUCUUACCAAAAGGUAUGAUGCACUUUCUGAGCAUAAUCUGAAAUAUCACCCAGGAGAAGAGAAUUUCAAGUUGACUAUGGUGAAACGUAAUAACCAGACAAUCUUUGAACAAACAAUAAAUGAUCUGACUUUUGAUGGUAGUUUUGUUAAAGAGGAGAAUGCAGAACAAACAGAAUCCGUAGAAGUUUCUUCUUCAGGAAUCUCUAUCAGUAAAACUCCUAUCAUGAAAAUGAUGAAAAAUAAAGUAGAAAACAAACGGAUUACAGUCCAUCAUAACUCAGCUGAGGAUGUUCCUGAAAAGAAAGAUAAUGAGAUCAAACCAGACCGUGAAGAAAACGUAGAAAGUGCAAGUUCUUCAGCUUCAGAAUCUAAUACAAGUACUUCCUUGGUAAACAGAAUACAUCCAAAUACUGCCAGUACAGUAGUGACCCCCGCAGUCCUUCCUGGACUAGCACAUGUGAUAACUGCAGUAUCAGCUCAGCAGAAUUCUAACUUAAUUCCCAAAGUCUUAAUCCCUGUCAAUAGCAUUCCUGCCUAUAAUGCUGCAUUAGAUAACAACCCCCUUUUACUUAACACCUACAACAAAUUCCCUUAUCCAACAAUGUCGGAAAUCACAGUUCUUUCUGCUCAAGCAAAAUACACAGAGGAACAGAUAAAGAUAUGGUUUUCAGCCCAACGUCUAAAACAUGGUGUUAGUUGGACUCCAGAAGAAGUAGAGGAGGCAAGAAGAAAACAGUUCAAUGGGACAGUACAUACUGUUCCUCAGACCAUAACCGUCAUUCCUACCCACAUUUCCACGGGGAGUAAUGGGUUACCACCUAUUUUACAGACAUGCCAAAUUGUUGGUCAACCAGGUCUGGUUCUUACCCAAGUGGCUGGAACAAACACCUUGCCUGUAACAGCACCAAUAGCCUUGACAGUGGCAGGGGUUCCCAAUCAAACAAAUGCACAGAAAAGCCAGGCACCUGCUCCUCAGCCUGUUGCAGAAACAAAGCCAGCUGCAGCAGCAGUUCUGCCUUCUCAGAAUGCCAAACCUGAAACGCCGCUGGUAAACCCUGAUUCAUUUGGCAUUCGGGCAAAAAAGACUAAAGAGCAACUUGCAGAAUUAAAAGUUAGCUAUCUUAAAAAUCAGUUUCCCCACGACUCAGAAAUUAUCAGACUUAUGAAAAUCACAGGGCUGACAAAAGGAGAGAUUAAAAAAUGGUUUAGUGACACAAGGUACAACCAGAGAAAUUCGAAAAGCAACCAGUGCUUACAUCUCAACAAUGAUCCCUCUACCACCAUUAUCAUAGACUCCAGCGAUGAAACCACAGACUCCCCAACUGUGGUUACUUCUCAGCCUAAACAAUCCUGGAAUCCUUUCCCUGACUUCACUCCACAGAAGUUUAAGGAGAAAACUACAGAGCAACUUCGCGUCCUUCAGGCAAGUUUUCUCAACAGCUCUGUUCUCACAGAUGAGGAAUUAAAUAGGUUAAGAACGCAAACCAAACUUACGAGAAGAGAAAUUGAUGCUUGGUUUACAGAGAAGAAGAAAUCAAAAGCUUUAAAGGAAGAGAAAAUAGAAAUAGAUGAAAGUAACGCAGGUAAUUCCAAAGAAGAAGCUGGAGAAACUUCUCCCGGAGAUGAAUCUGUCCCACCUAAGUCAGGGAAUACGGGCAAGAUAUGUAAAAAAACCCCUGAGCAGCUGCACAUGCUGAAAAGCGCUUUCGUCCGCAGCCAGUGGCCGUCAGCGGAGGAGUACGAUAAGUUGGCCGAGGAAAGUGGGCUUGCCAGGACAGACAUAGUUAGUUGGUUUGGGGACACCCGCUACGCUUGGAAGAAUGGAAACUUGAAGUGGUACUACUACUAUCAGAGCUCCAACUCGAGCAGCAUGAAUGGCCUGUCUUCCCUUAGGAAAAGAGGGAGAGGGAGGCCCAAGGGGCGGGGGAGAGGAAGACCUCGUGGGCGGCCGCGAGGAGGCAAAAGAAUGAACACCUGGGACAGGGCACCGUCGCUUAUAAAAUUUAAAACUGGAACCGCGAUCCUUAAGGAUUAUUACCUGAAGCACAAAUUUCUCAAUGAGCAAGAUCUUGAUGAGCUCGUCAACAGAUCGCAUAUGGGCUAUGAGCAGGUCAGAGAGUGGUUUGCAGAGAGACAGAGAAGAUCUGAGUUGGGCAUAGAGUUAUUUGAGGAAAACGAGGAGGAAGAUGAAGUUAUUGAUGAUCAGGAAGAGGAUGAGGAAGAGACUGACGAUAGUGAUACUUGGGAACCCCCACGACAUGUGAAGCGGAAACUCUCUAAAUCGGAUGACUGAAAUUUUCAGGGGUUUUUUUAUGUUUUCUUUAUAUAGCUGCUUAAAAUGUUGAAGGAGAAUCAAUUCUUCUACUCAAGAUAUCUGAUUUACUGUGAAUGGGCCCAAUCUUCGAUGACACUGAAAAUGUUUUGGGGAAUACACACUCUCAAAAAACAGGAUCCAAUAUCCAAAAGAAAUGGAACUUAAUGUUGUGCCAAAGUUAAACUACUACAGCUGGUGGAAGUUCUGCAAUGUAAAUACAACACUAAUUAAAAAACAACUUGUAGAAAUUCAGAUUUUAAAACAGUACAUUUUUAUUCUGCUAUAAUGGAGACAUUCUGAAUUUUGGACCUUCUGAACGGGUUUAAUGACCACUAGAGCUUGUCCUCAUGUUUAGUCCAGCUUACUAGUGUGUGUCUAGUAAGAUGGGCUGUAUUGCCUGUAUUCUUUGAUAUGUGAUUAAGCUUAUAGCUUUGAGUGACCAAACAUUUUACAUAGUAAAAAUUGUUAGAAAUGGGAAAAAAAAGCCCUAAUACUUGAUUUAUUUCUGUGUCUUAUUUAUCAGGCCUUGUACUAAGAUUAAAAACUGUACAUGAGCCUAAACAAUUUCGAGCAUAAAAGUAGCUUACUUACACAUGUUGGGACAAUAAGAUUUUGUGGUAUCACUGGCCCUUAAUGAUUGGAUCUUUCAUUAAACACUGAUGGGUACCACUAUUUCUGUUUGUAAUACUUCUGUUACUUUUUUUAUUUGAAGCUGUUUUGCUUGUUAUUAAACUGAAGAUAAUACCGAAGAAGGAAAAGAAACUGGUAUAAGAAGUUGAAUAGAGUAAAACUCUAAAAUAAAUACUGUACCAAAAAAUGUGAAAAAGAAUCAUGUGGUAAAAUACCUUAGUGUUUUCUUACAUUCAGGUGGAAAUCAGAAGUGUUUGUAGAAGUGUCAGAUCAGAAUUGUCAAGAACUAUCUUUUGGUGAAAUUCUACCUUGUGUUACAAUUUCAGUGAAUAGAGGAAAAAAUUCUGAACUGAUUCCAAUGAGUUAAAAGUUAGCUUUUCCACUUAUGAAUCAUGGGAAUGUUAACUGUUAACUCUUUCUACAUCAGGAGACUGAAGUUCAUACUAACUUAAAACUUUGUAAAGACUGGUGCUGUUCAUUCAUGUUGAGAAGGACCCUUUAUUUUGUGACCAUAGGACCAUUUUGCAAAAUGUGCUUUUUUCAUAGAAGAAAUGUUCAGUUUAAUGAGCUUUGGAUAUUAAAAUGUUUUUCUGAAUGAUCACACGUAGUGGCCCUGGCCAGUUUAUUUUAUCUAAUUUAAUGAAUAAUAAAUAUUAAGCUCUUGGUUAAAUGUUUGUCAGCUAAUGAAAAUGUUAUGAAAAAGCCUUGAAUAUGCAUGCUGCUUUCAUUUUUAUAAACUUUUUAUUUUUUAACUAUAGCUUUAUUAGUACUUCUCAAAUGCUGCAAUUUAGCUGAUUUCUUCACUCAGACAGUUGGCUUUGUGGGUGGCUUUUUUCAUACUACUGUUAACUUUUUUAAAAAAGAAGCAAUGUAAAGACUGUAACAAUUGAAUGCACUAAACUCUUCUUUUACAUGUUUAAGAACUUCUUAAAGCACUCUGUAUUAUAAUGAUUAAAUUGCUUCCUUUUUUAAACCAUUGCUAAUGUGGUCUGAGUUUUGUUUGACAGUAAUUUUAAUGUUUUCAAAUUUGAAAUGUCAAGUAUUGGAAUAUAUUUAUAUUAUGUUUGAAUAUAUUUAUAUUAUGUUUCCCUUGCGAUAUGUUAACUUGUAUAGCUGUAAAUAACUACAGUAUUGAUAAUAUUUUCUCAUCUCUUUUAUAGGCUUGAUAAAAUUCGGCUCUGAUGUUUGCUAGCUUUUAAAUAUAUUUAUUUGACAGGGCAAGAGAACCUUUCUUUCCUGGUUGAUUGUGUCCUUGAAUACAAAAUAAAAGUUAGCAGUGAUUAGUA